CACUCGAGUUCGGACUUAGACGACGGCGACACCGCGGCGCGACUCCGGCUCGGCAGCAUGGCUGAGAAGCGGCACACAGGGGAUACCCACGCCCGGCGGGCCCCCGACUCCUUCAAGGAUUCCCCUAGCCCAGGCCUUGGACCUUGUGGAUGGAUUCUGGUGAUUGUGUCAUUCCUGUUCACAGUUAUAACAUUCCCAUUAUCAGUAUGGAUGUGCAUCAAGAUCAUAAAAGAAUAUGAAAGAGCCAUCAUCUUUAGACUGGGUCGCAUUUUGCAAGGAGGAGCCAAAGGACCAGGUUUGUUUUUUAUCCUGCCAUGCACAGACAACUUCAUCAAAGUGGACAUGAGAACGAUCUCAUUCGAUAUCCCCCCCCAGGAGAUCCUCACCAAGGACUCGGUGACAGUCAGCGUGGAUGGCGUGGUCUAUUACCGGGUCCAGAACGCGACCCUGGCUGUGGCCAACAUCACCAAUGCAGACUCGGCCACCCGUCUCUUGGCACAAACAACCCUGAGGAACGUCCUGGGCACCAAGAACCUGUCUCAGAUCCUCUCUGACAGAGAGGAAAUCGCCCACAGCAUGCAGAAUACCCUGGAUGAGGCCACUGAUGACUGGGGAAUAAAGGUGGAGCGCGUGGAGAUCAAGGACGUGAAGCUGCCCAUGCAGCUCCAGAGAGCAAUGGCUGCGGAAGCAGAAGCAUCCCGCGAGGCCAGAGCCAAGGUGAUUGCAGCCGAGGGAGAGAUGAACGCAUCCAGGGCUCUGAAGGAAGCCUCCAUGGUCAUCACGGAGUCUCCUGCGGCCCUUCAGCUCCGGUACCUGCAGACUCUGACCACCAUCGCUGCUGAGAAGAACUCAACCAUCGUCUUCCCUCUGCCCAUAGAUAUGCUGCAGGGCAUCAUGGGGGCAAAGAAGUGAGCCCCGAGGCCAGUGCGGAGUGCACUUCCCUCCCAGGGGUGAUGUGGGGGACCAAACUAGCCUUCAGACCACAAGGCGAGGGUAGGACCAUUCUCCCUCCCUUCCCCGUUCCAUAUGCUGUGUGUGGUGUUCUUAGAAGUGUAGUGACCAUAACCACAGGCAAAAGGCCGUUAGCUUUUGUAAAUACUGAGAGAGAAAGUGGUGAUAUGUAAGAUAAUGUGACUCUUUAAGACAUUUAAAAGUUCUUAUUUUUAGAUGAUUAUGCAAUAGAUUGAAGCCCUCCGCUUUGACUUGCGUUAGUCACUCUGCACCUGCUGCCAGCAGCUGGCCACAGGCAAGGACACAGGCCAGCCCCACCGCCUGGCCCCCCGACAGUGCCUGGCGGACACAGUGACCGUAGGCGACAACCAGCUUCUCUGGCCCACCUGUGCCUUCCUUGCAGGGACUCUCAACAAAAGAUAUUUCCCUGACAUCCGCUUGCUCACCCAAACCAUGUUUCAGAAUAACCCUCACUUAGGAGGCAUCUUCUUGUCAGGGCCUGGUCAUGAGUGAGCAGGGUCACCUCAUCGCGGGGGAGGUCCUGUUAAAAUCAUGCUGGGUGUUUUUUUUUUUUUUUAGUUCUUUGAGCCUCUUGGUGACUAUAUAACUCACCUGUGAUCUUUCAAACCAGUGAAAACACUUGUCACCAAGUGCUUUCUUUCCACUUUUGCCUGUUUACAUCAGGUUCUAAAUAGUUUUGGUUUUUUAAAUAAAAAAGUCCCUAAAUCCUUGUCCUCCCUAGUGGUGCAGCGGGCUAAAGCACAAGU